CGUCAAAAUGACGUCACUAGAGAUAUGUUUGAAAAUGAAAUGGCCGCUUGAUAAAAUGAGCGCGUUGUGUUUAUCAGAAAUGUUUAAAACACGCGUCCAACUACAAUAAUCUAUGGCUGGACCUGUCGUAAACUUCACAGAAGUGGGUCGCGCAAGACUAGCGAAAUUUUUGGGAAUUGCACAUUGGAUUUGUAUUCUUCCAUCGCUGCUCUGUCUGCUGACGGCACUGUUCGUUCAAACGACUAUUGAAGAUAAAAUAUUUUUCCUUGAAAACUACAACGGGGCUGUACUGCCAGGGUUCCUAGUAUUUACAGGAUUUUAUGGAUUACUAGCCCAUAUUUUAUGCGGAAAGGCAAUCUUUUCGAACAGAAUCGUAACCAAACGAAAAAAAUGGAUGGCGUUUUUACUACCAGCUUUGAUCGCAACUUUUGUCAUUUUCCUGGCGGAAUUUAUCGGUGGAAUCAUGUGCGUCGUUCACAUGAAGGACAUGCGAAAAUCGUUUGACGCCGGCAUUUGGAAAUCUAUGAGAGCCUAUAAAAACGACGCCACAGCAAAAGAGAGCCUAGACGUGCUGCAAAUGUCUUACAAAUGUUGCGGAAGCAGGUCGUACAGUGACUAUUUCAGCGUCGAGUGGAUUCACCCGGACUUCAUAAGUACAAGCCAGGCAUUCGGGCAGAGGGCUGGAGAUUCGGGGAAAGACGUCCCGUUCAGCUGCUGCAACCCGCGCGUCCUCCGCCCGUGCAUCUAUCGCAACGUGCAUGACAAUGUGCAACACUUCAACUACGACUACCGCACGCAGACAACGCUGCACGUGGUCGGCUGCACAGACAGACUGGUGAAGUACUACGAGAAGUCGAUUCUGAAGAUAGGGGGCGCUGUCGUACUAAGCCUGUCUUUCGUUCAGUUUCUUCUUAUGAUUUUCGGGCGGCUUCUGCAGACGGCCAUUCAAAGCGUCGACUCCGAUGGCGACCCGACAUCGCCGUCUGUCGGCUACCUUUUAACUGCACCAGCUGAUGCGAGAAAACAAAAAGUUACAGAGCUUGACACGACGGCGACGACGUCAGAUGGCGGCACGCUUGAGGUAAGCGGUGAGACGACGUUGACGGAAGACGACGGGGCCGAACGUUACGUGUAUAUCGACGCUACGCCUGAAACGGAAGUGUCGUAUGAGAACGAACCGCCAUUCAAGAUCGCAAGUAAUUUAAUUAUGGCAGACGACGACGAACAUAUAUACAACGAGGGCGAGGUUGAAGAAUAUUUGGCGGCGAGGUACGCGCAAUCGCGCCAGCUGUUCGAUUCGUCACCAGAACUGCUCCCUGAGCCUCCGCCAGAAGAACCCAUUUAUGAGAACAUUGCUUCGGUUGGUAAAGAUGAUUCCGCUCAAGUGAAGUCUGGGACCUACAUGCCAAUGAACAUUUCAAAUUCGUCGAUGCAAGAGUUGCAAACUCAUCCUUCACAUUUGAAAUUCCGGCGACAGCCAAGUUCCGACAUCAGAAUGCAUUCCUACCCAAGCCCAGUUGGUGAGAGUGGACCUAUAGUAAUUGACCUUUCAACGGACUUUUCACCUAAUAUUUUUUCUCGACACUCUGGAAUGCAUCGCUCGUCUAACAAAAUGAGGCCGUUAGGCCACGGCCCAGUUGACCGCAGUCGCUCACUCGAAAAAUCCCGAUCGUCUCAGGUACUAAUACAUCAUUCGACUCCGAAAGGAACGCCGGUAUAUCAAGGGCCCGUUAAUCGCCAUAUUUCUUCCGAAAAGCAGCGCCUUCUUGGACCACCGUCAGCGUCGUCGUCGGUCUAUCGGGACGCUUCCGGAAGUCCCUCUAAGAAAAGGUCUUCAAGGAGGUCGCCGUCGAAAGAUCGUGGCGACGGCCUCUCCCCCCGGAAGAGACGCUCGCCUUUACGCUAUGUGUCUCCGGAGAAAACCACCUUCAGAUUCGGGACAUCCUACGACUGCAAUCAUGCGCUUUAGUAGAAAAAAAAAGCGUAUUUCUCUAUCAAAAAUGAAGUUUGAUAUGUGAUCUUGAGAUAUAUAGUAUAGAUUUGUCUUUGCCCAUCCAUCCUUUACCACAUUUUGUAAAGUUUUUAUUAUAGCGAACUCUGUGCUAAAACGGCAUAAAGAAUAGUGUUGGUCCUUUGGGUGCUUAUAUUGUAUUUGUAAUAUAGAUAUAUAAAAAGUUAUUUUAUUAUGAAGCACGAACGUGUUUUAGGUGAUUCAAUUUUUAUAUGAAUUUUGCUAUAGCAAAAAUGGUAUAUUACAGCACUGAGCUUGUUAUAAAGACAAGAUAUUCUUACAAACCUUUGGUACAGAAAUAGCAAAUCGUUCGGAAAGUUUUAAACGUAUACAUAGCAUAUUGAAUUAUGUUCAGUUUUCAUAAAAUGAGCAAAAUUUA